CACUUCAUGUAUUUGUACCUUUAUUUUGGAUUCGUUCUUUUGACUACAUCCAUUUGUGUACCCAUCUUCGUUUUGAGGCCGUUCAAUGUUGUCAAUUUGGGGCUGAUUGUAAAAGUUUGGAAGAAGACUUUUCAGAUUUUUGGAAUAAAUGUGAAGGUUAUUGACAAAGAGAACCUAACUAAAAUAAAUGACUUGUUUAUGUAUCUCAUCAAAGUUCUCUGGAUUUGAUACCAAUGGCUGAGGUGCUGCCACCUGACACCACGGCCCUGGCCAAGAAAGAACUCGUGUACCUGGGUAGCUUCGGGAUUGCCGCCUGGCUCAGUGGGAUAAUAUUCGUCGACCGGGCCAACCACACCAGUGCCAUCAACACCAUGAAACACGUGGCUGAAAUUAUGAAGGAAAAGAAAGCAAAUAUUUGGAUCUUCCCAGAAGGAACAAGGAGCAUGAAAGGUACCCUGCUGCCAUUCAAGAAAGGUGCCUUCCAUCUUGCUGUUGGUGCCCAGAUCCCCAUUGUACCUGUCAUAUUCUCAAACUACAAAUCAUUCUUUGACCAUGAAGAUCCAACUUUUGAAAAAGGUGAAAUUGUAGCAACCUGCCUCGAAGCAAUCUCAACAAAAGGACUGACGUCAGAUGAUGUCGACAGCCUAAUCCAACAAAUCCGCGAAAAAAUGCUUCGAGUUUUUCACAAGAACGAUGACCCGAACAAAAUAAAUUGACCCCCACACAACCACAUGACCUUAUGAAAUUGCAUAGAACUUGCAUACGUAUAUUUAUAUUUUAUUGUUAAGAUACAAAAAUAUAUGUAUAUAUUAAUAAUGAUUCUAAUGCGUAUCAAUGCUGGGCUAGCUAUAUUUUUUAUGGCAAAAUGUAAUAAUGGCUGUUAAUAUUGUGAUUAUUGAUAUUAUUAAUUAUUUUAUUGUUGUUGAGGUAUUUGUUUGUUUUAAAGUUCUCCUAGAUUA